AUGAGUACCAACGACAUGCUCGGUGUACCGCCGCUCUCAGGAACUUCGCAGCGGCUUAGUAAUGGGGAUGCUCAGCCUCCUUUGGCUGAGGCACCACUCACGGUUGGUGAACAGCGGGAGGCGGCUGUUACCCCACGCACGCCCUCGGUAGACCAGCAAGCAUCGCCCAAUUGCCCACACGCAUCCUCUGGGCUGGUGGAUGCACAAGACACCCGAGGGGUAGAUGGGCGUGGGCAGGAACCAAGUGAUCCGGGGAUGGACAGGGCAGUGGCGGCGUGGGAGGCGCAACGCCGGCACUUGCAGGAGCUGCAUAAUAGGCGGCGGCGCGAGCUUCCACUUGGUGCCACGGCAACAGAGUCGCCCGGCACUCUUGGAGCUUCAGUGGGUCCUAGCAGGGCUCCACUUGGACCGCGCUUGGCACGACGGCAGGAGCUGAGGCGUUUGUUGGUAGCUGGCACGGGCGGUCGGCAAGAGUGGGCGACGGCAGAGCAGGCGGAGUCGACAGCGGGGAGGCAGGAGGUGCAGGGGGCCCUGCUGGCGGAUGAGGGCCGGGAGUGCGGGGCAGGUGGGCAGCAGGGGGUGACGGAUGCAGGCCUGCCGGAAAAGGUGCUGAGGAGGCAGCCGAGCCGUCUGGCGGAGGGCCAGCUGGGCCUGCCGACAAAGGUCCAGGGGGAGUUACUCGAGGAGGAGCAUUGGGAGCGUGGGGAACAGGGACGGAAACCAGGGAGGGAGCAACCGGAAACGCUGUCGGCGAUGCAGCAGGGUCAGCCGGUGGCUGCAGGGGAGACUAGAGACAUCAAUCCCUUCCCGAAGGCACGAACGGGGGCGUCUCUAAAGGGAUGGGCUGGAGCUGUGGAACAUACUUUUCUCUUUCGGAGCGCGCAAGGACAAGGUGUGCAGCCCGCGAGCACGGGGCAAGAGGGUAUAGGGGAAACGGAUCAGAGAGGGCAGCAGCUGCGUGAGCUGGGCGCUCAGGCGCAGGGGCCCUUGGACGACCAACUGCCACGAGGCAAGGGCAGGAGGCGACGCGGAGGCCAGGGCAAGCAGCGGUCGGGCAAUCAGCAGGAUCAGCAGGCAGAGGGCGAGUUGGGGCGGCCGCUUACGAGCCAACGUCCGGGAGGCCAGCUGGUGCGACGGCGGCCACUGUCAGGGGAACAGGGAGUGACUGCAGCACCUGAGGGCGUGCAGCAGGCAAGGGGACAGCAGGGAGUGACUGCAGCACCCCAGGGCGUGCAGCAGGCAGGGGGACGACAGGGAGUGACUGCAGCACCUGAGGGCGUGCAGCAUGCAGGGGGACAGCAGGGAGUGAUUGCAGCACCUCAAGGCGUGCAGCAGGCAGCGGGACAGCAGGGAGUGACUGCAGCACCCCAGGGCAUGCAGCAAACAGCGAGACAGCAGGGAGUGACUGCAGCACCUGAGGGCGUGCAGCAGGCAGGGGGACAGCAGGGACUGAUUGCAGCACCUCAAGGCGUGCAGCAGGCAGCGGGACAGCAGGGAGUGACUGCAGCACCCCAGGGCGUGCAGCAGGCAGCGGGACAGCAGGGGGUGACUGCAGCACCUCAGGGCGUGCAGCACGCAGGGGAGCAGCUGGGGGCGAGGGCAGCACUUCAGGGCGUGCGGCAGCGGCAGCAGCAGCAGCAGCAGCCCCCCCCGAUCCCUCCGGAAAGCCCCACACCGGGGGUUGCGGAGAAUUCAGCCACUCCUGACACGGCUCCACUUGCUCCAACUUGUGUCCCUUGCGAGUUCUGCUUUCACACAUUUCCGCCUGGUGGUGCGGCCUCCCGCCACAUAGUUGCAUGUAAAGCGGCAGAUGCUCAACGGCGGGCUCAGGCCCUUACUUCCUCCCCGAACCUGAGCGAGGUCUUCGGGGCAGAUCCAGUACCUCCGCGGGAUAUCGGUGAGGAGGUGUGGGGGGCGGUGCCUUCGUGGGACUGGGAGACUUUUUUCAGUAUUCAUUCUGUGUCGGGAGAGCUUCUUCGUCGGGUCCCGCAGCGGGCGCGACUGGGGGUGCUUGAUGCAUUGUGCUGCAUUCUCAAGAGACUGAAGGCUUCCCCUGGGGAUGAGGCGGCGACGCUGAUGUUCCUGGCCUUCCCGCGCCUCAUUUUGGGAGUCCCCGCGAAGGAGGGUCUUGGACGAAGGGCAGCCAUAGUAGGGCGUCUCGGAAAGUUCUGGGCAGGGGAAUGGCAACAGCUGUUCGAGGCUGCCUCUGCCACGUUGACUCCGGCGGCGCGACCUCUUGCCUUCUCCUUACCUGAGCGAGAUGCUGAUGCCAUCCGUUUGGCCCGAUGUCGCACGAGGUGCCAAGUGGGGGAAUGGAGUCGAGGACUAGCAUGCCUUACUGCGGGCGACUUGGCGCAGCCCUCUCAACUAACAGUAGACCGGCUGACAGCAAAGCACCCGGCCAGUGAGGUGCCAGUUCCUGAGUGGGUGGAGCACUUUCGCAUAGACGCAGUGGAUUUCGGGAUGCGUUUCUGA